AUGGCUUGUCUCAUGCGCGGAUGUCCUUGGCCGGCCUCGUCCCGUCCUUCGAACUCGAACGGCGCAAAAGUUCCAUGUGUGAGCAUGGCGGCAGAACGUCUGCUGCUCGUGCACGCGAUCCUGGCUCCCUUCGUCCCCGCCAGAAGAUUCGGAGGAUCUUUUAGCCGCUUGCGCCUACGACGUCGGCUUCGCAGUCGUAGCCUCACUGGCCCGCUUCAGGGCCCAUCUGUUGGAAAGAAGACACGAGGACGUCUGAAUGCUUCUGUCGGUGGCUGGAUGGAUCAACUCCCAGACGAAGAUGUCCUGCGCCAACUGAUAUCAGAGCAAUUCGCGCAAUGGUCAAGCCUACCCAUCUCGAAGGUCCUCCCAGGUGGAUGGGACAACGUGACAUUUCGCCUGGGAGGCCACAUGCUCGCAAAGCUGCCGCGCAGUCAGGCAUACAGCUUCCAAGCCGAACGAGAGCACUUUGCCCUCCAGGCUCAUCUGGGCAGGAUCGGUGCUUUCGAAGUUCCCCAGCCAGUUGCUCUGGGGAAACCUAGCACCGUCUUUCCUUAUCCCUGGUCAAUCCUGAGAUGGAUUGAAGGCGAACCAGUCCUUGAUGUGUCAAAGCCACAUGACCUUCCAAGGGCCUUGGCCGAGUUCUUGCUUGCUUUGCAUUGCCCUGCGCCCUCGGAGGCACCGGAACCCGGGUCUGCGAAUUUCUGGCGCGGCGGUCCGCUCUCGAGCCUCACUGCCGACUUCGAGAGGGCGCUCGCAACCUUGCCAGCACACUUCGAUCGGGAGCAGCUAAGAGCGAUCUGGCACGGAGCUCUUGCCACCACGGCAGCCGGCGCUCCGGUGUGGGUGCAUGGCGACAUCGCCCCGACGAAUCUCAUCACACGCGGAGGGCGACUGGUCGGGGUGAUCGACUUUGGACUCAUUGCUGCGGGUGACCCCGCCUGUGACCUUGCCAUUGCUUGGCUGGCUUUCGAUGGGGACUCGCGCGAGUCGUUCUUGACUCGCUAUGGUGCAGAGGACCUUGGGGACGAAAUGGACCCUAAACUUGGGGUCAUAUACCCUACACAACUAUAA